AUGUAUAAUGAAUAUUUUGAUAUUGAUAGGAUAUUAUCUGAAGAAGAAAUGAAACAAGGCGAUGAAGUCGAACUCCCAUUCUGGUUGGCAAAAGUACUUAAUAAUAAUAAUAUCAUAUCGAAUUCACCACCAGUAGUCUUCUUGGAUGACUAUCAAAAUAAGAUUCUCGCUGAUCCAAAAGUAAUCUCCAUGAGAAAAUAUCCAUACUAUGAUGUUUUCGGUAUUAAGAUUUCAAUGUUCUUUAGAGAUUAUGAACUAAGCAAAGUACUUUUCAAGGUAUUCAAACAGAGAUUGUUUCACAUAUUGGUGCAAUCGAUGCACUUGAGAAAUACUGAUGUCAGCAAGAUUCAAACGGAUCUCACAACUCAAGAGAACUUCAUAUUUGCAAUGGGAUAUCAAUCGUCGGCUGACUACGACAGUUGGAAGGACGGUAGAGGAGACAGAAUCACCAGUUCCGACAAGAAAUACACUCAAUCCAAAAACAGAAAAGAAGAGACUCUAUUGAAAAAGAGAAAACGUUUAAAUGAUACCAACAAUGAUUAA